AUGCUAAAAAAGAACAAAAAGGAGAUCCCACAGAACUUCUUACCUAAUAAGAAACGUCGUGUGAAGACAUCUGUUUGCAGUUUUACAGAAGACAUGACUCUGGUUUCCAUUGUGCCCAAGAAGUCCAAUGCUGCACUACUGAUAUCUCCUAUGCACCAUUCAGUAAACAAUGAUCCUGAAUCAGGAAAACCUGAUAUCAUCCUGUUUUAUAACACAACAAAAGGUGGUGUGCACUGUGUCGACCAAAGGUGUGCAGCUCAUUUGUCAAGCCACUGGACAAGAAGAUGGCCUUUGGCUAUUUUCUUCAUAUUAGUGGAUGUUGCUUGUGCUGUAAACUGUUAUGUGGUACAUCAAGCUUAUCCAAAGACAGAGGUAAUGACGAGAUUGAGCUUCAUGAAGAUUCUAGCAAGAGACGUAGUUGAACCUCAUAUGAAGCGUAGAAUUUCUAUUGGAUGCUUGCCACGAGAGUUGAGUGACACAAUCAGAAGAAUACUUCACUUACAAGAUGAGCCUCAGACACAGAAAUAA